CAUAUGCAUGCACACAUACACGCACACACAUGCACACACACAUACAUACACACACACAUACAGAGGUCAGGAACAACUUUUAGGAUUCAGCUCUUUCCUUCCACCAUGUAGGUUUUAGGGGUCCUCUGGCUUGGAGGCUAGAGCCAUCUACCAGCCCUCGUUUUUUGUCUUUUUGGAACAGUCUUUUCAUAUAUCCAUGCUGGCCUGGGACUCAGAACUUAACCAGGCUGACUUCAAACCCAUCCUGAUCCUCUUGCCUCGGUCUCCCAAAUGCUGAGAUUACAACCACACAGCACCAUGCUCAGCAUUGUUCUAGUUUAUUACUGGCUAUAGUUGUUGAUCUCUGACUAUGUCUAAUUGAACUUUAUCAUAGGUAUAUAAGCCUGGGGAAGUUUAUAUGGGGCAGCUAUCACCAUGGUUUCAGGCAGUCACUUAGGACAUUCAAAUGCACUCUGUGGACUGAAGUGAUAAUCUGUUGGUAAAGGGAAACACACUAGUGAUUAACUCCAGAGUCGCCAAGAAUCCACCAGGGCCAAACUAAGGAAAAGAAUUAAAAGCACUCUGCUUUGGAACCGUUUAACCAAGAGAGAAAGACUAGAUUUGAAUUCUCUCCUUGUCUUCUGUCAUCUCCUGACUGUCCACUGUCUGAGUCUGAAUUGGUACUUGACUGUAUGUUGCCUCAUAAAUCUGUUCCCGUGUCCAUGUGUCUGUGACGUGCUCUGUAUUUAUUGAACUGCAAAGAAAGAGCCACAAAGGGAAGGAAUGGGGGAGGGGGGUUAGAAGAAGGGAUGAAGUCACCUGCUCCAGCUGACUCAAGUAACAAACACAACUGGAAACAGACUUAUGAGCCUAUGUUGUAACCUCAUCUAUGAUGGAUAUUUGUCUUAUAAGGCUCUUUCGACCUUUGUGCUGUUUGAUAAACAACUAAGCUGAGCCAUCAUACAUGAGAUGCUUGACCACAUUCUCAUCCACUGCAGAGAGCUUUUGGGUUCUCAAAGGUGCCCCUUCUCUCCUUGUUCCUUUCCCUCUCUUCUGUUUCUAGUCCUUCCCUUGCUCUUCCUUCCUUUCCUCUUCCUCCCCUCCCUUCUAUUCCCUCUUGUCCCCUUCCCAGGGGAGGAUAGCAGUCAGCCAAAGUCAAUACACGUAGGACACACAGAGAGAAGACCAGAAAGAGACGUUGGGGACUAUUCAGGUUCUGGAGAGGGAGGGAGGAAUUCAGAAUCAUCUCUGGUUUGGUCUCUCAUAGUGGAGGCAGAGGUGGGAUGGGAGAGGGGCAAGAGGUUGGGUGGGGUGGGGACAGGAUCAUAGAUAGUCCCAGGUUUACAGUUAUGGUGGAAAGAAAUCAUGGGCCCCACAUCACUAUUCUGGAAUUUGCUUUUGGUACAGUAUUGCCUGAGUUUCAUAGACUAUUCAAUAUUUUAUUGUGAGGGAAGGAGGAGUAUGUAAGAUGAGUUUGCCUUAAUGUGAACUCCUGAGGGUGUCCUGAAUCAAGCAGGCGGAGCAUGAAGUUUGGGGACAUUCAAAAUGAAGCCAAACAUGGGGCUUCUACCGCCAGGGGGCAGCACCUGACGGACAAAUGUAAGUUUGUCAUGUAUCUGCACAUACACAGCUUUCAAAAACACCUAUUUUAUUAUUUAUUAUUAUUUUUUGUUAGCAUACAAAGAAAUGGUGUGCAUUGUAAACUUUUCCAACAUGCCAUAAUUGCUUAUUUACAUUUCCAUGUCCUCCCAAUCUAUCCUCUUCUCUUGCUUGACCCCUCCCUCCCUUCAAUUAGUUUCCCUUCCUGUUUUUUUUAUUAUAUUAUAUAUAUGUAUAAAUAUAUAUUCAAAUAUAUCAUUACUCUAUUGACUUCCUCCUUUCCCUAGCUUUGACUUCUUUCUCCCCCACACUAUCCCCCCCCCCCCCGCUUCCUGACAGUUCCAUGUAGUCCAGAUUGGCCUCAAAUUUUGUAUAGCCUCUCUUUGUAUUUUCACACCCUACAUACAUCUAAGCAUAUAUACAUACUCUAGAUUAUAUGAAAGAAAACAUGCAACAUUUCUAUUCCCAACUCUGCUGUACUUCACUCUUACUGAUCUUCAAUUCCAUCCAUCGUUCUAUGAAUGACAUAAUUUCAUUCUUCACAGCUACAUGAAGUUUUCAGUCCAUUUUAGCCUUGAACUUUUGAUGUUCCUGCCUCCACCUUCUGAAUGCCGAGAGUCCCACUGUCUACAACCACAUCUGGCUCCACCUUGAUGCCCAGAUGUAGGUCCACCUGCACAAAUUGAAACUCAACACUUAAGCUAGGCAUGGUGGUUCACAUCUGUCAUCCCAGUCAUGAGGAGAUGGAGGCAGGAGUCAAGAGGAUCAGGAAUUCAAGGUCAUCCUCUGCUCUAUAACAAUGUUGACCAGCCUGGAGGACUUGAGAUCUUGUCUCAAGAAAGUCAGUUGCCUAGCAAGAAGGAAGCCCAGAGUUCUGUUCUCAGCACCAUAUACACCAGGCAUGGUGGUACACAAGUAACCUCAGCACCCAAGAGGUUAAAGGAGAAAGGUCAGGAGUUAAAGGUCAUCCUCAACUACACAGUGAAUUCUAGGUAAAUCUGGGUUACUCAAGAUCUCUUCUAAAAGAAAAUCUACAUUCUCCCUCAUAGUUAGACCCUAUCCUACAAUGCACACAAGUAUAUGUGUAAGCAGCUGUAAGUGUAGGUGCAGCAUAACAUUGAUGGAGCUAAGGGUGAGCUUAUAUAAUGAGGAAGGGCAUGAGUCAUGAGAGAGGAUGUAAAGCUAACGGGUUUUCCUGAUUUCAACUCUGCCAUGUUUUUGGUGUUGAGUGUGUGGUGUUUAAGUGCAUGGAGAUGUAAUUGGUAGUGAAAUCGAAUCCUCACAGCUUCGAAGUGGAUACUCUGACAGCAUAGAAUUCAUGGAGAAGCACCAAGUGAGGCACAGGGUAGGGUUGGUGUGAGUGACUUCCCUAAACCAGUGUGUGAUCUUUUUAUUUAUGAGUUAGUCAGAACAAAGUGAUUUUUUUUUUUGUUUCAAAAAAAUUAACAUUAAAAGAAAAACAAGAGCUAGGGAGAGAUGACUUAGCAGGGAAUAGGCUGGUUUUACAAGUUUGAGGACAUAAGUUUGGGCCCCAGGACCCAUGCAAAAACAGCUGAGCACUGUGGCGUGUACUUAUAAGCCCAGCUCUGGACAGUCAGAGACAGGCAGACAGGCCACUAGAGAACACUAGUCAGACAGCAUAGCCUAAUGGGAGAGCUCCAGGCUAAUGAAAGAUACUAUCUCAAAAAUAGUAUGAACAUUGAUCCGCAGAAGUGAUUCUAAGAUUGACUCUGACUUUCAAAUGCAUAUUCAAGCACACACGUACACCAUAUAUAUGAGUCACGCAAUCACAAAACUAUGUAUAUGUAUGUGUGUGUGUGCGUGUGUGUAUACUCUAUGUAGUUAUUCUAUGUGAAUAGAUAAUUGCCCUGUCAAACACACAAUGAGCACAGAAAUACACAGAGAGACAGACUGACACAUAGCCAAGCGCCCCUCAGAUGCAGGAUGGGCUUAUUUUCUCUCAGGAGUGUCUUGUUAGGCCAGAAUGAGCGGCCCCCUGGGUCUGGGCUGAAGGAGACCUGGAGGUGCUGAGCCCUGCUUUCUCUGUAGCCCCAGGAUCUGCCCCUCUCCACUGUUGCAAUGUCUAACUCUCCUCCUCCAGCCCAGGAUCCCAUAAGCUGAUGUCUCUGGCAGGCCUUGGAGGCAGUCUCCGCCCCCCUUGCUGGCAGCCCGGUUCUGGCAGGGAUCCCCAGUCUAAGCUUCUGCUCCGUCAGGGCCGAGCUGGACACCCUACUCACAUGCAUGAGGUACCCAUGGCUGACUCGGUGCUCAACCACUCCUGGCCGGCUCUCUCCAAGCUGUGGCUGAAGAGAUGGGCAUUUAAGCGAGGCUCUGAGCCCAAGCCAUAUGCCCAGCCCUUGGACUCUGGAGCAGCAGCCUCAACCACCAAGGGUGGCCGUGGACCCAGGAAACCUGAGAAUCCAGAUUUCUUCUCAACCAUGGAGGAUGAGCAGGAAGUUGGUUUUCGGAGGCACCUCAGUGAGAGCACAGAAGACCUCAGCCUGGAUAUGGGAGCCCUUCAGGGCAGCGAGUAUCUCCGGGAUCUAGGCUUAGGGGCCCCUUCUGACCUCCACCAGUCUGAAGUGGUUAUGGAUCCUGAGACACCCAGAAAAGAAGCCAGAAGAGAGUCCUUCCACACAAGCUGUGAAGGAGCUUCAGGCCUACCACAAAGACACAGCUGGGAGAGGCCCCGGAGCUGCUCAGAGAGCUGUCGAAGGCUCAGCUUUGAUGCCUCCACAGUGGACAAUGGAGCCUGUCUCCCCCGGACUCUGGCUAGCUUUGCUCUGAAUCUGUCUGGAGAUGGGAAGAAGCCUUGGACCCAAGGAUGUUUACCUGUCAGUGGGACACCAGCACCCUCAAGCAAGGAACGUAGCAGCCCUGAGAAAAAGCUAAGAUCCAAGUCAGUGCCCCUGUCCUGUGAGGAGAUCAGCUGUCUGGAACUCGCUUCUGGCUCAGAUGUGUGCACUCCACCUGUACAAGGCCUUGAACCCCCGGUGCUGGAGUGUUUGGAAAAGGACCACGUGGAGCCAGACCAUGUGUUGAUAGUACAACAGGUGCUUCAGGAGCUGAGACAGUAUCAUGGGGCCCGUCAGCGAGCUCGCAUGUCCAUCAGCCCUGAAGGAGCCCGCUCCAACCUCACCUGGUUUGAGUUCCUGUCUGAGAGCGAGGAUGGUGUGUACAGGAGUGAGAAGCCUGACAAGAGCACCAGAGUGAAGCGCAGCCUGAGCUCCCUCCGCAGUAGGGUCACGAGGCAGAAGGAGAAGGGGAAGAGCCCAGCACAUCUAAAAGAUAAGAUUCAGGAUCUUCCAGGGAAGCGGGAGUGUGUCAAUGGGCACCAGCUGGUGCGAGGAACCUUCUCGGGCCACUCCAGCUGUCCUCUGUGUGGCGAACCUUUGCUGAGCUCAGCUUGGUCCGGCACUGCACACCGCUUCCGGCUCCUAGGAGGCCGGGCGGAGGCUGCGAGAGCGACCCGGGAGCCAGCAGGGCGGAGAGCGGCCUGUGAGGGACCCCGCGGAGCCUCCCUAAAGGAGCACCCUCGGACCACACUUCUGUCUGAUGGCAGCAGCCCAGCUCCUUCCAGGAAUGUCGGCAUGACCGUCUCUCAGAAAGGGGGUCUCCAGCCAACACCGAGCCCAGCUGGAUCUGGGGUGCAACUUGGACCAAUCGCUGGAGACAUGGAUGAAGCUGAUUCCGUGUUUUUAAAAUUGAAGCAGACAGCCGACGACUCUCUGUCACUCACAUCCUCGAAUGCUGAGUCUGUUUUCAUAGAAGAUCCUUACAUCGCCUCCCUGAGGUGUGAGAUCGACUCAGAUGCCCAUGAGUUUGAGGCUGAGUCCUGGAGCCUCUCUGUGGAUUUAGCAUAUGCCAAGAAACAGAAGAAGGAGGUGGUAAAGAGGCAGGACGUCCUGUAUGAGCUGAUGCAGACAGAGGCACAUCACGUGCGCACCCUAAAGAUCAUGCUGAAAGUAUACUCCAGAGCCCUGCAGGAAGAGCUGCAAUUCAGUGGCCAGGCAGUCAGCCGCCUGUUUCCAUGCGCUGAUGACCUACUGGACAUGCACAGCCACUUCCUCGCCCGCCUUAAGGAGCGCCGGCAGGAGUUCCUAGAGGAGGGCAGUGAUCGGAAUUAUGUCAUCCAGAAGAUCGGAGAUGUCCUGGUUCAGCAGUUCUCAGGAGAAAACGGGGAAAGAAUGAAGGAGAAAUACGGCGUGUUCUGUAGUGGCCACAAUGAUGCGGUCAGUCACUACAAGUUAUUGCUGCAGCAGAGCAAAAAGUUUCAAAACUUAAUCAAGAAAAUUGGCAACUUUUCCAUUGUGCGAAGGCUGGGAGUGCAGGAAUGUAUCCUUCUGGUCACACAGCGCAUAACCAAGUACCCAGUGCUAGUAGAACGCAUCAUCCAGAACACAGAAGCUGGCACUGAAGACUACAAGGACCUGAGCCAGGCCCUGAGCCUCAUCAAAGACAUCAUCUCACAAGUGGACACCAAAGUCAGUGAGUAUGAGAAGGACCAGCGCCUCAAGGAGAUCGCAGCCAAGAUGGACUUGAAGUCAUCCAGCAAACUCAAAAACGGGCAAACCUUCCGAAAGGAUGACAUGCUGCAGCGCCAGCUGCACCUGGAAGGCACCCUGUGCUGGAAGUCCACCUCAGGGCGCUUGAAAGAUGUCCUCGCUGUCCUGCUGACUGAUGUGCUUUUGCUACUGCAAGAAAAGGAUCAGAAAUACGUCUUUGCUUCUGUGGACUCAAAGCCACCUGUCAUCUCUCUGCAAAAGCUCAUCGUGAGAGAGGUAGCCAACGAGGAGAAGGCCAUGUUCUUGAUCAGUGCCUCCAUGCACGGGCCAGAGAUGUACGAGAUCUAUACCAGCUCCAAAGAGGACAGGAACAUCUGGAUGGCCCACAUCCGCAGAGCCGUGGAAAGCUGUCCUGAUGAGGAGGAGGGCGUUUUCAGUGAGUCUGAGGAGAGAAAGAUAGCAGAAGCCCGCACCAUGAAACUCCGGGAAUUUCAAGAGCGACUGAGCCUGAAAGACCAGCUGAUUGCCCAGAGCCUUCUGGAGAAACAGCAGAUCUACCUGGAGAUGGCUCAGCUGAGCGGGCUUGAAGACUCAGCCCAGUACCGAGGCCUCUUCCGAGGAGGCGGUGACCCCUCCGAGACCCUCCGGGGGGAGCAGAUUCUCAGACUGGCCAUGAGUGAGAUUGAGGGCAUCCAGAGCCUGAUCUGCCAGCGCCUGGGCAGCACCAGUAGCCAAGUGGAGGAGGGAGGUGUCUCCGCAGGCCUGCCUCGGAGGGCUGAGACCUUCGGGGGCUAUGACAGUGUAGGAGGCCCUAGCAAGGGUGGCAGCUUUAAAAGGAAGGUGUACAACAGUGACCCCAGGCCCCAAGACUGGCAGGAGCCUGCUAGCAGCCCAGACUCUAGGCCCUGUGACGACAGUGCCCCCAGUGGCUGCUGCGAGGAAUCGCCACAGGCUGUGGAGAUGCCUAGCACAGAGAAUAGCACAUGUCUGCCCACUGUCCUGGAAUCAGAGCUGGUCCACCGGGUCCAGACACUGUCGCAGUUGCUUCUUAGUCUCCAGGCAGUCAUCGCUCAACAGGAUAGCUAUGUGGAGAUGCAAAGAAUGGCCAUCCAGGAGCGUGAGAAGCAGUUCCGGCUGCAAUCAACGCGUGGGAACCUGCUGCUAGAGCAAGAGCGGCAACGCAACUUUGAGAAGCAGCGUGAGGAACGCGCUGGUGUGGAGAAACUGCAAAGCCAACUGCGCCAGGAGCAGCAGCGAUGGGAGAAGGAGCGGGCACGCCAGCAGCAGGAACUGGAGCUGGCAGGUGCACGACUGCAGGAGCGAGAGGGCGAGGCACGCCAGCUGCGCCAGCGGCUAGACCAGGAGCGCACCGAGCUCGAGCGACAGCGCCAGGCCUACCAGCAUGAUCUGGAGCGUCUGCGUGAGGCUCAGCGAGCAGUGGACCGUGAACGUGAGCGCCUGGAACUGCUGCGCAGGUUCAAGAAACAGAACACUGUACCAGGGGCAUUGCCCCCGGAGGUGUUGGCAGAGGCCCAGCCUGCAAGCCACCCUCCCAGCUUCAAUGGGGAUGGGCUGGAGGGGCACUCGGCCCCAGCCAAAGCACUGGGAACCCAAGGGAGCAUGCUGCUACAUGGCACGGGACCUGAGUACGUAGAGCGACCUGAGGUGGCCCGCUGGGACAGUGCCCCUGCUGAGAGCCGGCCAGCCAAGAGCGAUGUGCCCAUCCAGCUGCUCAGUGCCACCAAUCAGAUUCAGAGGCAGACGGCCGUGCAGCAACAGAUCCCCACCAAGCUGGCCGCCUCCACCAAGGGUGGCAAGGACAAGGGCAGCAAGAGCAGGGGUUCCCAGCGUUGGGAGAGCUCAGCAUCCUUCGACCUGAAACAGCAGCUGCUCCUCAAUAAGUUCAUAGGCAAGGAUGACAGUGCAUCACGGAACCGCCGCUCACUGAGUCCCGUCCUGCCUGCCACCCAUGGAUCUGCGCCUGCCCCAGACCCCUGCUUCCCAGCCCCAAGCCCAGCCCCGGCUGGCACACCCCCUGAAGCCUUCAAGUUCGGAGGCACGUCACUGCCACCUGCCUCCCCAGCUCCCUCGCUGCCAACCACACCACUCACCGCCACAGAUGAAGUUGGCAAGGAAGAUGUCAUCUUCUUCUGAGGGGCCAUGGCCCCCAAGAGCAGACCCCUUUCUGUCCUGACAACCCUUUCUCUCUCUGGGGAUCCUGUGGGUGACUGUUCUGUCUGGCCAUCCCCUUCCCCUGCACAAGCACAGCCAGGCACUUGUUCACCUGAGAUUGCCCAGUUGGUGUCUUGGGUCUCACAGCUCUCUAUAGAUUUAGUGGGAAAACAUGGGUAGCCCCUUGAACAUACAAACAUGCAUAUAUAUAUAUAUGCAUAUAUAUAUAUGCAUGUGUGUGUGUGUGUAUAUAUGUAUAAUAUAUAUGCUCAAACAAAGUUCUUUUAAGUUGAAGGUGGAACCCCAGCUAAACCACAGAGCUAUUUUAAACCAGAGGUAUAAAAUACAAAGCUUGGAAGCCAGAAGACAGAGCAGGCAAGUCUGAGAAGAUAGCAGCUCCAGGGCAGACUCCAUAACCUCCCAGGGAUCUCUCGAUUGAACUGAGUCAUUAGCACCAGAAGGCACUAGAAUCACCGGGAGUCCAGCGAAUCUCCACUUUCAAAGCAGCAACUGGCACUGGCCACAGCCUCGACUAGUAAGUGAACUGGGCAACUACAGAGGGCACAGGGUUAGAAAGACUCAAGACAGCCCAGGCAACCCAUGGAGCAAUGAACUGGAUCUGUGGGUUCAGAAAUCAAGCUGGAGAGGAGUUACCAACUGUUACUCCUUGCAGUAGGCUGGGGAUUUGCCAACUCUGCUUCUCAGGGGGCACCUGCCAUGUCCUUCCAUCCACCUUACUGAGAUGCAGAACCCCAGGUUUAGCAGGGCAGCACAUAUCCCAGACAGAUCGCUGCGAAAUGAACAGGUUUCCCCUGGUCCCUUCAGACAGAAAAGCUAACACAUUCAGGGACAUGUGGGGGAAUGGCCUAGUGACAUUGCUGUUGAGUGGCCACAAACAGCCAUCUUGGUUCCACCUCAGCCUGCACAGGAGUCGAGACAGCAGCUGGCCUUCUGGUCUGGUCUUGUUCCUAGAACUGGGCAGGUCUGAGUUCCAGGUCCUAUCACAUUUAAACCUGGCCGAGGUCCAGAAUCAUCCCUUACCCAGCUUUCCCUGCUGCAACCUGCCCUGAAGUACUAACAGGCAGGACCCAGUCCUGCACUGAUGGUUCUUAGUCCCAGAGAGGACAAGUCAGUCUCCAGAGCCCAGCAUCCUAAGGAGCCACUACCAAAAGCCCUUCUUAAGCAGACAGCCAGGCCAUCCCCACCACUAUGGAACAGGAAGGUGUCAGAGGCUGCUGGCAUGAGCAACAGAGCCUCCAGAGCCAAGACUAAAGCACUCUUGAGCUCAGGAGCGACUGUGGGUGUGGUCACCAAGAGUCCAACCACAAGCUAGUAGACAACAGGGUGCUGAAAGUGGUGGUCGCUAAUGACUUCAGAGUGCCAGGAGUGGAGCAGGGUCCCCCUUGUCCUCAUCCCUAGGCUCAUUGACCCCAGCACCCGAACAGCUCUUAUUCUUGUCCUUUCCUGUCUCUGUCUUGUGUCCAGAGUGUAUCUACAUCUACCAGACCUCAUUGUGCCAUGUUGCUAAUCAGUGUUUGUGGGGUUUUUUGUUUUGUUUUGUUUGUUUUGGGUUUUUUUUUUCUUGUUUUGUUUUGUUUUUUUACUGAGAUGUAUCCGAGCACUUUAGGAAAGCUGACUUUUAAGUUCCCACUCUGUGAAGAGAACAUUCCAGUACCCAUCUAGAGCUGGGUGGGCUCUCUGUCAGACACCAUGACUUUUUGGAUUUAAAUGUUCAAAUGGUUUCCACUUGGCCCUGGGAAGGAUUGAGGGUAUCCCCCAUCAGGUGGCCAGGUGGUUCUCAGCUGUGUACUGUACACAGUAGGACAGUGUCAUCAGUUAUCUAUCACCAGCAGCUGUGGGUCCUUCCUGGCAGAUCUCAUUUGUGAAGAUGGUGAGCCAGCAGCAAUCAAUCUCCGAGGUUGAGUGGCAUCCCUUGUCAAUCAUGACCGUGAUCUUCGCCUACCCUUGAUUAUUUUCACAGUGAUAACAGAGCAUCCUGGCAACAGGGUUAUUCUGGAACCAUGCUAGAACUUAUGACCAGAUUCUAGCAAUAAAAUUAUCCAAAGCA